UGGUGGUCAUCAUAUAUGAAGUUGCUGAUAUUUAGAUAUGGAUUUUGUACAUAUCUUUAUCUAAAUUAUCUUAAUUUAGACAAUUUUUAAUUCCCUGAUAAUAUUUCAGUGCGUUUAGUGUAUUUUAAUAAAAUUGUGCCUGUCAUAUUAAUUAAAAAUGUCAUCCGACGAUGAGAAACCUCCAGCACCCCCUGUCAGAUUGACAUCAAAUAGGGGGACUGAUUUGGUUAACAGUUCUAUAGCUGUAGACAGACCUCUUCCUAAAGAACCAGACGAUGUAGAUAGAAAAAAGAAAAAUCCUAAAAUAAAGAAAACACAUAAAUUAUCAACAUAUUCUUCGGAUAAACCAAAUAUAUCAUACCCAACCAAUUUUGAACAUACGGUGCAUGUCGGUUUUGAUCCUGUAUCAGGAGAGUUUACGGGUAUGCCAGAAGCAUGGUCCAGGUUGUUAAUGAAUUCCAACAUUAGUAAACAAGAGCAAAAGAAUAAUCCUCAAGCUGUGUUAGAUGUUCUUAAUUGGUAUGAUACAAGUUCAAAAGAACCCCCAGAUACGAAGUAUAUGACUAAAACUACCACCACCACACAUUCUGGUUCAUCACUGAGUCGUGUGUCAAGUUCAAGCCCCAGUAGUACAACCCCUACAGAAGCCGAAGGGGGCCCACAAUCGUACCACAGUCCAGCACAUGCACCUAGUUUGGAAAUUGAAGAUGAAGCCCCACCACCGCCUAUUGCUAGCAGGCCUGAACGUACCAAAAGUAUUUACACUAAGCCUAUUGAGGAAGUUCCACCAGCUAAUACGAACACUAGCACUCCCCACAGCCUUAGUCCAGUUCAAACAACGCCGACACAUGCCGCUAAUUCCAAUACAAACAGCACUUCCUCAGCCCCACUUCUUGAUAGAAACAAGAAUCAAGCUGGCCCCGAAAUGUCCAGAGCAGCAUCGGAGAAGAGAAAAAAGAAAAUGAGCGACGAAGAAAUUCUAGAGAAAUUAAGAAGUAUUGUCUCUGUAGGGGAUCCGAAUAGGAAGUAUACGAAAAUUGAAAAAAUUGGCCAAGGGGCUUCGGGUACAGUGUACACAGCAAUAGAAACAGGCACUGGUAUGGAAGUCGCCAUUAAGCAAAUGAAUUUAUCACAGCAGCCUAAAAAAGAAUUAAUUAUUAAUGAAAUUCUAGUCAUGCGAGAAAAUAAACAUGGCAAUGUUGUAAAUUAUUUAGACAGUUAUCUAGUUAAUGAGGAACUCUGGGUUGUGAUGGAAUAUUUACCAGGUGGUUCCCUGACUGAUGUGGUGACGGAAACCUGCAUGGACGAGGGGCAGAUAGCAGCUGUUUGCAGGGAGGUUUUGCAGGCCUUAGACUUCUUGCAUUCUAAUCAAGUUAUUCACAGGGACAUCAAAUCUGAUAAUAUUUUGCUUGGUCUUGAUGGAUCGGUAAAACUGACUGAUUUUGGUUUUUGUGCUCAAAUUAGUCCAGAACAAUCAAAAAGGACAACAAUGGUAGGGACUCCAUAUUGGAUGGCCCCUGAAGUUGUUACUAGAAAGCAAUAUGGGCCUAAGGUAGACGUUUGGUCUCUAGGUAUUAUGGCGAUAGAGAUGAUAGAAGGGGAACCACCUUAUUUAAAUGAAAAUCCGCUUAGGGCCCUAUAUCUCAUUGCCACACAUGGUAAACCAGAAAUUAAAGAGAAAGAAAAACUUUCACCUGCCUUCCAAAAUUUUCUGGAUAAUUGUUUGGAGGUUGAUGUAGAUGCGAGAUCGUCUGCCCGUGAUUUGUUAAAGCACCCAUUUUUGAAGACAGCUCGUCCCCUUGCGAGUUUAACUCCAUUGAUUUUAGCGGCAAAAGAGGCUACUGCAAAACAGCACUAGCAUUAGGAAAGCCACAGUUGGCUAAUGUACUAUACAUGUGACAGACUAUAUCCCAUGUUACUAGAAAUGCAUAAUUUUAUGUUAUGAAAUAUACCAUGUAUUAUAUAAUAUAUAGUAAUAGAUUUUAAUUCAAUUUAUUAUUCUCGCUUUGCAGUUCUAGUAAUAUAGGUUGUAUUUUCUUAGGGACGUAAGCAUUUUAUCUAUAGUAAGUUUGGCUAAAGAAAAGUAAGUGAUAAAUAUUAAUAGAGGUGGAAAGGAUGAGAAUUGUACAUUAUUACAAUAUCUAUUGAAACUUGUUUACUUACUUUUUUUUCACCAAGUCCUUCUAUGUUCAUAUUGACAGGAGACUGUGCCUAAUUUCACAAUAAGCGCAUGUAAUAACGAGGCAUUAUUUGUAUUGGUUUGUGUAGCCGUCAUCUAAAGUGGUGGCCUUUACGAUGAUUAAUGAAAACUAUAAACCCAGGUAGCUAUAAUGUAUAUUUACAAAACAAAUAAGUUAUCGCAAUUUAGAGUUCGAUAGUUAAUUAACUUUUUUUUAAGAUUUGUUUUAUUUUUAGUAUGGUGGAUCAUAAUAUCUAAAUUGUUAUAGUUGUUGCAGUUGCCAAAUUACAAUAAUACCAAAUUAAAAUUAUUACUUUGCAAAAUCUUACGAAAACUUCAAGACUUCGGAAACUGUGAUCAAAUUAAUCCGAUUAUUAAAAUCACUGAUAUUGUCGUUUAAAUAAUGAACCAGUUCAAGUUAAAAAAAAACUCGCAAAAUAAUCAAGUUGAUCAGAUUUUAAUCAUGUUUCGAUUUUUUUUUACUUGAAAUGUGUAGGUUAAAACUUGAAACGGAUUAGCUAUUUUAUCUAAAUUUAGGCCACAGAAGAAAUAUAUCCCCUGUACAGAAUUUAUAUCCUAUAAAGCCAUAAAGUUAAUAUGAAUUGAGUGGCAAUGAUACAAAAUGGUACAUAGUGGACUGAAAGAAUGACGAAGGUAGGGAAAUAUUUGUUGCAGCUAUAAUAUCAACCUCAUCCCCAUUUUCCUCCCUGCUGAUCGUGCUGAUCGUGAAAAUGUUGAUCACGAUACUCCCCAACCUACGCAACUGCCUCGAACGGCCCAACUGCUCUUACUUCUCAUUCUUGUCCUAAAAACAAGCCAUAUGUUUUCUCACGUUUUCAAGGGUGCUGAUCACGACCCCCAAUCCUCGUAACCCUUUUGUUCAGGCCAAAACUACCCCGAAUCUGAUUUAGUGGAAGAUUGAGGCCAAUUUUAACUGUUUGAAAGGGAUUCAACACCCUCGAUAACGGGUGCUUAUGCGUUCUCUAUACAGUACUCAUAAUUAAAUGUGGAGCGGUCCAUAUUUAAUAGAAGUCAGUGGUGUGCCUUGCCACCAAUGUUUGCCAAAUUUUACUUUCAAAUGUAAUCAAUUCAAGCCUCAAAUAUCACCAAAGUGAAAAGGAAAUCACCCAAAAUGUGAAAUGAAUACAUAAUAUUUAUUUCUUAAAUUAAAAUAUGUUCAUUAGAAGCAGAUCUGAGCAGUAAAAACACAACAAUGUUAACUACAGUAUAGACUCUUUAAUCCGAAUAUCCACUAAUCCGGCCCGUCGAAUGCCCGUUUCAGUGGUCCGAACAAAACUCUUUAAUUCGAACAAAAUUCGGUUUAACGUAUAUAGUUUGGAAUAUAGAGUUAGACUACAUAAUAAAAAGUAACCGCUAAAAACCUAAUUCUCCAGCAGUAUCGAGGAAACCCUUUUAUGCGAGUCAGAACCUUUCUUGAUUAGAUCUUUUUAGUUGAAAUAUUAUUGCCAUGCAAACAUGCCGCAAAAAAUAGCGCGUCACACGUUAACCCUUUUGCAAAAAGUGGAUAUUCCAAAUAAAUUGGUUUUUUUAAAGUCUUCUUUUUUAUUUUUAAUAAAUGCAUAUCCAUAUUUUACGAUAAUGUUUGGUUCUAUUGUUAUUUUUUGCCUUCUCAGUAACAUAAAAUCUAAUUCAUAUUAUAUGUAUGUACAUAAACAUAAAUAUCUAUACGUACAUAUUUACUAUCCAGUAAUCUGAAAAUAUCGGUAAUUCGAACUUAUCUCUUUAAGCCCGUGUCUUAAUUAGUUCGGAUUAAAGAGUCUUUACUGUAUUUAUGCCAGAGCAGAUGAUUUUAUUUGACUUAACUUAACAAAUCACUUGAUCAAGGUUACGAGGAGCGACUGUUCAUUUUCCUUUAUUUUAUAACAAAUUUUAUACAAUAGUAUAUCAUGAAUGUUGAAGAGCAGAGGAAAAUGAAAAUAUUUUAAUUUCUAUACUGCCAUGGAGGCUACGAUUUUAAUAGUUUUUACUUAAUUUUGACUUUUCUAUUCCAAAUGUGUGGUCCUACUGUACAUAACUAGUGAUAAUUUAAAAGAAAAUACAUGUAACGUAACUAAUACUUUGCACAUUACUCAAAAAACCCUAAGGAAAUAUAUUCAAAAUUAACUUAAAAGUUCAGUAUCAGACAACUUGGAUUACUGAAAUUAAUGGCAGUAUGAUGUUUGAUAACAGUUUGAAAUCCUGCAUGAAUAUCAAACUUCUAGUCAGGGUGUACUUUUAAAUUCUGUCAAACUAUCAAAACAACCUGAUUUUAAAAUCAGUUGAUCUGAUUUGACCAACAAUGAAAAAAUUCUGUAAGUAUAUUGAACUUAUUGUAAUUAUAUUUAAAAAAUUCUGGUAAUUUUAUUAACAUUACAAUAUACAGGUAUACAAGACAAGAGCAUUUGUCUAAUUAUUGAUACUGCCCACAGUUUUAGAAAAUAGGCUACCUGCGGCCAUGAGGCAGCGCCGUCGAUACCCUCAGAUCUAAAAAAGCGUCUCAAAAAGAGGCAAUUUGUUAUUUAAACUAUUAUAAUAGGGUAAUACAUGUAAUAAAUACUAAUGAUAAAUGCGUAAUUUGUCAAAUCUAAGGAUGUCGAUCGCUACACCCUUUGGAUCCUGAUGGCCUAAAAACUUCAAGAUUUGUGGGCAAGUGUCGGCAUGGGCUCAAAGUAAGCACUUUGACUUAUCUCGUAGCUUAACUUAUAAAACUAAAUCAUGUUUUUUGCACAUUAAGACAAUUGUGUUGGUAAGGUGUUGUUAAACCACAUAGUUUCUCCAGCAAAUAUGGACAGUAAAACAAAAUAUUUUCAAGUUUCAAAUAAUGCUUAAAUUAAGAUUCCAAAAAUGAGACAAUGAGUACUUUCUCAAGAUUCAAAGACAGCUGUUAUUAAUCCAUCUGAUCUGAUUAAAAUUUUCAAAAACGUUUUUAAUGUUCAUUUUAUAAAAUUCUUGAGAUAUCAAUUUACGUUUAGUUCAUCUUAAGGGCCACCAUUGCCUCAAUGCUAUUUAUUUUGCUUUAGCUUUAUUGAUUAGAGUAAGUUUAUUAAACUAGGCAGUUCCUAUUUUAAAUUUUUCCACAUUUAAUGUCUGUGUGCCAAAAAUCGGUUGCUAAAGUUAUGAACUGAUAAAAUAGACAUUCUAAUAAAUAUGUGUAUUUGUCUUGCUCCAUAUUUAUUUAUACGUUAUUUACAAAAUGUACCGAUAUGUUUGCAUAUAGACAUUUAAUAAUUUGUACUGAUUUUAAUAUGUUUGUUAAUAAAAUUUGUACAUAAGUAAUUUUACUAUUGAGCUUUCAUUACAAAAGUAUUGUAUAUUUAUUUUUCUAAUUCUACUAGACCUAACAGGUUUUCUUCGUUUUUUUAUUAUAUUUUGUAAUAAAUUUAGAAUGAAAUAUAUUAUAAAACAAUAUAAGAACAAAGAAGUAUAGAGAGAAUGAGAGUAUGGCUGUUCAAUUAGUUAUAGUAUUUUUGCACUAGUAUUUAUGAAAAAAAUAUAAUGUGAUUGCGUAGAUAUAUUGUCGCCAAUGAAAGAUGGUAGCGAGUGAAAAAUAAAUCAUUUUAUAAUUA